CCUUCCACAACUGUUGUCAUUCCAGGUCGUCAUUACCAUUGAGUGUCUGGUAUCACGUUGCAAAGAUGAGCAAAUGGAUGCAAUAUGCCUUGGUUCCUUUGGCUGUAUUUACAAGCCCCUUCCGAUCGAUGUGGGAAGAAUGGACUGGUUCGCACCAGGUGAACAUGACCAACAUGCCAUGUGGUGCUUCAAACUAUACUACUGAGAUAGUUUCCCUCGAUCCUUUGGCAAUUUAUAUCAAUGGAUUCAUGUCGAACUGGGAGAUUACCCAUCUGCGUGAGCUAGCGGACAGCCAAGAGACGUUUAUGUAUCACGAAGAUAAACACCCUGACCAAAAGGAUCACACGUCUCGCCGCAUAGCUAGUUCAUGUCGCCUUCCUAUGGACGACCCAGUGGUUGAGUGCAUUAUUCAACGGUCGACUGAUUUCGUUGGGUUUGUUACCCAUGACGGGUUUGAGCAACUUCAAGUGGUUAAGUACCGCGAGAACGAAAGACAUGAUCCUCACCAUGACUGGUUCACCUCUCCACCCAAGCUGGCAUCUGGCCUGACAUGUAACCGGGCGGCAAGCUUUUUCGCCUAUAUGGGAGAUGAUCCCCAGGGAGGAGAAACUUGUUUCCAUCAUUUGUAUCCUGCUCCUCAGGAUGCAGAUCCAGCCAAAUUCAGUAACAUCAACAGCGACAAUGGUCUUGGAUUCGCUACCAAACCUAUUACUGGAAAUGCGAUUUUUUGGAUGAACUUACAUUCGAACAAUACUGGGGAUCCCCGUGUGCAACACUCAGCGCUUCCAAUCAAAUCUGGAACAAAAUAUGCUACGGAAGCUAUUUACUGGGGCUCUGCCAACCUCGCUGCACACAACGUGCAUAGAGCCAUAAACGGUGGCCACGGGUGGCUGUCAAGCCAUUAUGGUCUUGCAUCGGACCAAGUGUACCAAGCCACUGUCAUCACCACUGAUGGUAAGCGCCUUGUUGCCAAUGCUGCGCAGAACCAAGAUCUUUUCUGGGCCGUUCGCGGCGGCGGUGCAGGACAGUUUGGCGUGGUGACCGAGUUCGUUCUGAAAACUUACCCCGUACCCGACAACAUGGUCACGGGAGGGUUUUCUUUCCAUGCAACUUCCCACUCCAACGCCAGCGAAAGUGCGUCCUGGAAUGCCAUGGCCGAGCUUGCUUCUCUCAUUCCCGAUAUCAUGGAUACUGGUCUCACAGGCAGUGUGUCCGCAAUUACGGGUAAACAGGCUGUGGCACUGAUGGGGCUAGAUCAAUCCCCUCCGGGUGUCGCUGCUUCCGUGAGUUUGACCGGGUUUAACAUGACUACGCGUGAAAUAAACAUUACGAUCAACAAUCUGGUAAACCGGAUCGCCAACACCACCCAAGGGAACUAUUUGGGAUUUUCUUUGACAGCACCAACCACUAAGAGCUUCUACACUGCGACUGACUCUAGCACCAACGCAGGGGCUGUCAGCUUGCUCACAAGUCGCCUCUUGGGCCGACGGGAGCUCUCCGAUAUUACCAAAGAGGACCUGAUUCAAUACCUUCAACAAAUCCUCGUUUCCCAAAGUCCCACUGGAUCAAUGCUACUCUUCGGUUUACAGGCUGGGCUUGGACCCGCUAGCGUUCCGGAAGAAAUGCGUGGAAGUGUCCUUCCAGCCUGGCGUCAAGCCUACGCACAUGUUAUGACUUACGGGGCAUCAAUGAAUGCUACUGGUGAUCCAACCGAGUCUUUGAAAUCGGGAGCUAAAUAUUAUGAAACAGUCAAAGAGCCUGUAUGGAGGAAAUGGGCUCCAAAUACCGGUGCCUACAUGAAUGAGGGAAACCCGUUUAGCACUACAUGGAAGCAGGAUUUCUAUGGUGAGAACUACGAAAGUCUUCUUGAGAUCAAGCGCAAGUACGACCCCAGUGAAAGUUUGUUUAUCUGGAGCGGUCUUGGUAGUGACAUGUGGAACUAUGACCUGAAAAGUGGAUUGUUGUGUCGGACAUCCUAA